CUUAAUGGCUCAUUUUCCUGCUUUGAAAACGAUCAACAAAGAAUGAUAAAGAGUAUAGAUUGGCAUCCAUUAAUCAAAGAUAUCUUCCUUGCAUCUACAAUAUCUAGAUUGAGAUAUGAAGAAAAAAUUCAUAGUUCUCACCUUGCAUGAUGAUGCUACCAGGUUUUAUAUUUGGAGUGCUAAAAAUCAAUUUUGUUAUAAGCUUUUACUGGAAUAUCUUGAUGAUAUCUUUAUUUUCAAAUUUAAUUCUGUUAUGCCUAACUUAAUUGCUGGUGGUAGCAUAACAGGACAAUUAAUAUUAUGGGAUUUACAAAAUGUGAAAAUAGCUUCUAAUGAAAUGGAAAUUAAAGAUGACUGUUUUCAGCCUGUCAUUGCACGUUAUACUGCUGCUUCCAGUAUGGAUUACUGCCACUUACAUGGUUUAACCCACCUUAUGUGGAUACCUAAUCAUAUAGAGAUACUGGCAAAGGGCGAUUGUAAACAAAAUGAGUUUAAUCAUUCAUAUCAGAUUGCUACAUGUGGUUUAGAUGGUGUUUUGAGAUUUUGGGAUUUAAGAGCUGCCAUUGCCCAUAAACCAGGACAGACUGUACCCAAAUAUUUCCACAACCUUGAUGGGAAAUGGGAACCUUUCCAUUCAGUGGAUAUAAUGUCUUCUGAUGGAAAAAGACAAUCUGUAACAUGUUUCACUUUGAGAGAAGUCUCAAAAUUGAAUAAGAAAGGAAUUAAAGAAGUUUCUCAAGAUGAUGAUCCAGGAAAUACAAGCAUGGACACCAGUGCAAAGAAACCUUUGUCUACAGAAUUCAUUUGUGGUUGUGAUGAUGGAAAACUGCUUCGUGGGAAUUUUAAACUGGAAAAAGAUGAAACAGGAAAAUACAUUACAAAACUUCCUGAAUUAUUCUCUUCACCUCAUAGCAGUUCUGUGACUACGCUAGCUGCUUCUCCAUUUGUAGAAGAUGUAUUUCUUAGUGGUGGAUCAAGAACAUUUGCUAUAAGGAAGCAUGGAAUUCUGAAUCCAGUAUUAUUGCGAGAGAUGCAUACUUAUAUUACUUCAGGAGAGUGGUCUCCUACGAAACCUUCAGUUUUUAUUGUGGGAUAUGAUGAUGGCUCUAUUGAAGUGUGGAAUUUAUUGUCUAAUAUCUAUGAACCUUAUCUUGUAUACUUUGUAUCAACUUCUGCAGUAAACAGCAUAUCAUUUCAAACUCUAUCAGAAAAUGAGCAAAUUGUGGCAAUAGGAGAUGCAAAAGGAGUUGUUUAUAAAUUGACUGUACCACAUUACUUAUGGAAACCCACAUAUAAUGAACUGGAAUUAACAAUACAGUACAUAAAUGAAGAAUCGGACAGAAUACAAAAGUUCAGUUAUGAAGCAAAAAUGCCCACUGAAAAACCUGAAGAAACUUUUAUACAACAAAUAGAAAAGGCAAAGCCACCAGAAGAUAUUCCAAGAGAAAUCACAGAAGAAGAAUUACUUUUAAAAAACUAUGCAGAAUUCCAAGAGUUAGAAAAGAUCCAGUUGCAAUACUUAGGUUUAAUCGAAGAUGAUAACGAAGAAAAUGAAGAUGAGGUGUCCCAUAAAUGUUGAGACAAACUUCUGGGGAAGGUAGAGCACAUCAUAAGGAUUAAGAAUUGCAUAGAAACCCCUGCCCAGAAACGUCACUGUAUGCCGCCAGGGAGUGUUGUACAGGAGAGUGCUAGUGGAAAGUGACGAUUGCGGCAUUAAAGUGGUAGGCACCAUAUGAAGAGCAUGGAAUGCUAUAUGAAUGGAGAGCUUGUGAACAUGUGGUUUCAACGUGAUGGCGCCUGCUCAUUUUGUACUGGAUGUUCGUAGCCAUUUGAACAGAUCAUUCCUGCAUCGAUGGACUGGGCGUAGUGGACUGGCUCCUUGGCCCUCAUGCUCAGCGGAUUUAUCGAGCCUUGAUUUCUUUUUGUAGGGCGCAUCAAAAGUAUCGUGUCUGAAAUGGAUCUCAUGGCAAAACUCGCCUGCGCAGCUGCUACAAUCAAAGAAACUGCCGGUGUGUUUGAACAUGUCCGGCAAUCAAUGGUCCGUCGGUGUCAGGCAUGUUUGGCGUCUGAUGGUGCAAACUUCGAGCAUCUGUUGUAUCAUUUAAGCUGUCGUCACCAUUUGUAUCCAUGUCCAAUAAAUGUUUCAAAUUAAUCACUCUCUUGU